UCGAGUCGUUACAAGGCGAGUCGUGGUCGCAUGAGGAGAUGAGAUGUUCGGCUUCUAAGUCAGGUCGUCAUGUUUAGAUUUCUCUAGUUAGGUCACCAUCUGGACCAGGUCCCAAGACAUGUAGUUGUAAUAAUUUUUUUCUCCAGGCUGGUCGAAGAAGGGUUACAAAGUGACCAUUUUGAGAUGUUCACACGUGUUGAAUGCUUGAUGGCGGAUCUAAAUGGCAGUUUGAUUUUGAAACUUGUAGGAUACAUUUCUACCUAUUAGAGAUUUAAAAAAGAGGAACCAUCACAAAGAAGAUUAAUCGUCCCUCAAGUUUUUUGAAGCCCUAUUUUCUUACUUUGCUUGCAUUUGGUUGAAUCUUCUAUUGGUUUGCUUUUAAAAUCAUCAUUGGUCAAGAGGAGGAGCCACCUCUACUCAGUGUUUUUCAACAUAUCUAUCAACUGAAGGUUUGCAAUCAGGGGCUCUUGGUCGGAAUGGUGUAUUUUAGUACCUGAAAAGGGCAUGAGCCAAUCAUUCGUAACUGGUUGUCCAACCUUUGCCUCAAUCCUUAUAAAUACAUUAGAGUCAAGAAGAAAUUUGGGGGUGAUUUCGAGUUCCUAAUUAAGUGGGCAUUGCCCAGCAAAGUCAUUUGCCUCCAACACCAACCCCUCAACUCUGUGCUUGCCAUUGACCAAUAUAAAAGGCUGCAUAGGGGCCGUGUCUUAAGAUUGGAAAAUCUUUUGACUGUUAGGAAUAUCUUCUGUUAUUGCCUCUAUGAACAAAGCCCUAAUGGCUACCAAGCAAUUACGAAAGGUGUUGAAUCUGAUAGUGUUCUACCUAUUGAACUCGUAUGGUCGCACGAGGCCCCUGAUGACCUAGGUUUAAUUUUAUUAGGGAAAAAAGAUGAGCCUAAUUUUUUAUUCUUUCUACACUGUUGUUUCUUCAACGAAAUCAACCAGUUCGUUAGGUGAGCUCAGACACAUCAUGGAUAUAGACUCUCUUAUGCUAGAUUUGCAAGGAAAUAAGGACAUUGGCACUCCAGAGCAAGGGGUUGGUGGUAGUGGUUGUAAAAGGCAACAAAUGAAGGAGAAAUUUGUGAACACAGAACAUAGUAGCAGUACGAAUCGAAUCCACCAUAGGAGAGGAAAGGAAAUCAUUGUGUAUGGGGGAGAUAUUCUUGUAUCUUCUACUCCUACGGCCCUCAUGACCCUAAUGGCCUCGGUAUGCAGAUCUCUUUUUACGGGGCCUAACUUUGGAAUAAUUCAUAAUGUACCGCAUGUUUCCCUUCUAGGUUCAUUGCAGUUGACCUCUCUAGAUGGUGAGGUAAAUGCUUUCUUCCCUUGGAAGGAUCAUCUUGGUGUAAGGAGAUAUCCCUUUUGUCCCUAUGUAGUUAGGAAGAGAUGGGAGGAACACCUUCCCCAGUAUUGCGAGAAUAUGUGCAAGUGUACAUGGUUAUACAAGUAGUAAGUAUUAAGUAAAGAGUUAUUGUCUCCAUAGAAACUGUUGUGUGAAUUAUUCGUAAAGUUAAUUAUAAAAUAAUUUGAUUAAACAAAAUAAA